UCCAUAAAUAUAACUCUCUCAUCAUUUCUAGUUCUUCAUAACUGAGAAAGAUAAACACAUUGAAGGAUCACGUUGUGUUGUAGCUUAUAGGUCUGUACGUUGAUACAGAAGGAAGAAGCUAUGGCUGGCUCUUUGAGGAGAGGCAGUUCUCUCGUCGUGUUAACGAUCGUUCUAUUAGGCUGUCUUUCUGCACCUUCCAAUGCAAAAGAGGAGGCCACCAAACUUGGAACUGUCAUUGGAAUUGACCUUGGGACAACCUAUUCCUGUGUUGGGGUGUAUAAGAAUGGUCACGUGGAGAUUAUAGCUAAUGACCAGGGAAACCGGAUUACACCAUCAUGGGUUGCAUUCACUGAUAGUGAGAGAUUAAUUGGUGAGGCUGCGAAGAACCUGGCCGCAGUCAACCCAGAAAGGACAAUAUUUGAUGUUAAGAGGCUCAUAGGCAGAAAGUUUGAAGAUAAGGAAGUACAGAGGGAUAUGAAGCUGGUACCAUACAAGAUUGUAAGCAAGGAUGGAAAGCCCUACAUACAAGUCAAAAUCAAAGACGGAGAAAUUAAGGUAUUUAGUCCUGAGGAAAUCAGUGCCAUGAUUUUGACAAAGAUGAAGGAGACAGCUGAAGCAUUCCUUGGGAAGAAUAUUAAAGAUGCCGUGGUUACUGUUCCUGCAUACUUCAAUGAUGCACAAAGACAGGCUACAAAGGAUGCCGGUGUUAUUGCUGGAUUAAAUGUUGCUAGAAUCAUUAACGAGCCAACAGCUGCAGCCAUCGCCUAUGGACUGGACAAGAAAGGUGGUGAGAAGAACAUUCUUGUCUUUGACCUUGGUGGUGGGACAUUUGAUGUCAGUAUUCUGACCAUUGAUAAUGGCGUGUUUGAGGUUCUUGCAACUAAUGGUGACACCCAUCUUGGAGGUGAGGACUUUGAUCAAAGGAUUAUGGAAUACUUCAUCAAGUUGAUCAAGAAGAAGCAUGGAAAGGACAUCAGCAAGGACAACAGAGCUCUUGGCAAGCUAAGGAGAGAAGCUGAGCGUGCCAAGAGAUCCCUUAGUAGCCAGCAUCAAGUCCGGGUUGAGAUUGAAUCAUUAUUUGAUGGUACUGAUUUCUCUGAACCACUGACCCGUGCUCGCUUUGAGGAGUUGAACAAUGAUCUCUUCAGAAAGACAAUGGGACCCGUGAAGAAGGCAAUGGAGGAUGCUGGGCUACAAAAGAACCAGAUUGAUGAGAUAGUUCUUGUUGGUGGAAGCACCAGAAUUCCAAAAGUGCAACAGCUCCUUAAAGACUAUUUUGACGGGAAGGAGCCCAGCAAGGGUGUUAAUCCUGAUGAAGCAGUUGCUUAUGGUGCUGCUGUUCAAGGUGGUAUCCUCAGUGGAGAGGGUGGAGACGAAACUAAAGAUAUUCUUCUCCUGGAUGUUGCGCCUCUCACCCUUGGUAUAGAAACCGUUGGUGGUGUCAUGACCAAAUUGAUCCCCAGAAACACCGUUAUCCCAACCAAGAAGUCCCAGGUCUUCACCACUUACCAAGACCAGCAGACCACCGUCUCCAUUCAGGUUUUUGAAGGUGAAAGGAGUCUUACCAAGGACUGUAGGAAUCUUGGAAAGUUUGAUCUCACUGGAAUUCCCCCAGCUCCAAGGGGAACCCCACAAAUUGAGGUGACAUUUGAAGUUGAUGCCAAUGGCAUCUUGAAUGUCAAAGCAGAAGACAAGGGUACUGGAAAAGCAGAGAAGAUUACCAUUACAAACGACAAGGGCCGCUUAAGCCAAGAAGAGAUUGAGCGGAUGGUUCGUGAAGCAGAAGAGUUUGCUGAGGAAGAUAAGAAGGUAAAAGAGAAGAUUGAUGCCCGUAACGCUCUGGAAACCUACGUGUACAACAUGAAGAAUCAAAUCAACGACAAGGACAAGUUAGCUGACAAACUGGAGUCUGAUGAGAAGGAGAAGAUUGAGACAGCAACGAAAGAAGCCCUCGAAUGGCUAGACGAUAACCAGAGCGCCGAGAAGGAGGAUUAUGACGAGAAGCUCAAAGAGGUCGAGGCAGUCUGCAACCCAAUCAUCACAGCUGUUUAUCAACGAUCAGGUGGAGCCCCAGGUGGCGGUGCAUCGGAAGAAGAAGAAGAUGAUGGCCAUGAUGAGCUGUAAUCUCUUCUAAAAAUCUCCAUUGAUACUGCAAAGAUGCAGGAAAUGAGGAUAUAUAGAAUAGUUUGAAGUGAGGGUUCAAGUUUUGUCAAUUUUUUCUGAAAAAUCUCCCUUCGCCUAGUUUUUUUAGGUGAAGAUUUUACUGAAAGGAUGUUUCCGUUCUUUGAGAACGACGACUUGUAUGUUGCUUCGAUCUGUUAAAUAGAACUUCAGACAUUUUAUUUA